AUGGGAUCCAAAGCAGAUGCGCGUCCCGCCGCCGACGUAUUGCGCGAACUCACAUCCACCUCGAUCUGUAAUCCAUCCACCACAGCCAGACUCCAGGACCUACUCAGCACCGCGACGAAUCCCGCAUCGAAGAUUCCAGGGGAGAAUGCUGAGCCGAAGGCGAUUAAGCGCACAGCUACAACUUCGACACGCACCCAGCGAAGUACAGCGGACUCGAAAACCAAAAGUCGGGCGAAGGCCUCUACAGCGGUGGAAAUACACGAAGAUGUCCAACCUCUGCUCUCUCCGCGCGAAAAGUAUAUCCUCGCCACCGAAACCAUCAACACAACCCUCAAGACCCUCGGGGACGCCCUUAAACCCCAGCCGCGCGCACAUAAACGAGUCUCUUCCGCUCGAAAUGAGCUCUCAAGGGGAACCGAGGGCGCGCGAACACCCUCGAAACGUACAUCUCUCACGCGAACCAAUUCAUACCAGCAACGACCCUUGCAACCGCGGUCGAUCAGCCAGCUGUCGAACUCGGACGCGCCAGUCAAGCGCUCGGCGUUUCGGAGAUCAUCCUCAUACUCCGUUUCAAGCAGACAAGGACCGGCGCCGGGCAUAACGGCUACGGCAGAAUGUGCAAGGCUAGCUUUCGCGUACCUGAGGACCCCGGAGGCCGCAAAGGUAGCGUGGAAGAACUUGCCAGCCCUGCAGCUUGAGAAUGGCAUGCUGGCACUCGUCGGGAAGCUCAUAGCGCAUGGAUUAGAAAGCAUGGCCGUCAAAGAGCUCAGGAUACUGAAGAGACGUCUUGAGACGUACAUGGCAGAGGAGUGCAAGGAGAGCAAGAGUAGCAAGGCUGGAAUCUCCACAGAGAAAGAGACACUGGCAAGCCUUCUGGAGUUCGAACACGUCGAUCUGGAUAGCCCGGCACUGCCGCUGCUCACAAGCCACCAAACAUCCGUCCUCAAAGUCGCCGCCAGCAGUCGUCGUCCUGCAACCAUCGAAGCAGCCCUCGGCCACCUACAGCUUUCGAGCCCCAGUUCGCCAGGAAACCUCUGCCUAGCUUACGCUAAGAGACCCGGAUGCGGAGCCAAAGCCGCUCGCCAGCUGGAGACUUUCGCGCAGAUCUUGCUCUCGCUCUGCCCGAGCAUAGCUGCUUCUGAAGAUGUGCUUGCUUGCAAUUCCAAGCUCAAGCCAAGCCCAGAGGUCGCGUUCCGGCUGCAGCAGAUAGCUUUCGAGCUGCGGUUGAGUUGGUGGAAACUAUCUGGUCACAAGGGAGAUUUGGACAAGGAGAUUCUGGAGCCGUUCUUAAAGUGUUUGUCUGCCUUUUCACGGAGGUCAGCUCUAUCCUCCAGAGAGAAAUAUGUGUUAGCGGUGGAGCUGUUUCAAAGACUGGAAGAGUCGGCCCGCGGCGCUGGCAGAGACAUCACUGGAAACGGCCAAGAUGUGGCGUGUCAUGGACGAACGAGCAUCUACCACUCUCUGAGCUCCCUGGCUCAGUCUGGAGGUCUACGUAAGGAGGCAUUAGUCUGGAUGACCAGAAAUUCCCAGGUAUAUGAGACAGCCUCCGCAUCUGAAGUAAAGCGGGCAGGUAUCGCAGUCCGAUUAGCGGCACUGACUCUCGAAGACUCCUCACUCAAGGACACCGCUGAUUCCAGCUCACUACUGAAGAAGACCAGGGAAUAUUUAACCGGCAGCUUGAAAGGCGACUCGGCUGAGCUCGAUUCAUUGUUCGGCGAGGUCGCUGGCCUACGUAAAGCAGCUGCGAAGCUGAUUCUACAGACUCCGAAGGCCGAUACUACCGACUCUGGUGACUCUGAGUUCUGCGCCUUGCUUUUCUCAGUAAUCGCAGCCUCGACGAAUUUCCUGGCCCGCUAUAUCGGCGCCCGUCCGCGACUAGAGGCGGAUCCGAAGACCGUUCUCCGCCAUGCUCAUCGUAUCGCUGCGGCCAGCAAAGUACUCAAGGGCUUCAUUGACUCCGUUGUCGUAAGCUGUAAGGCGAUGACUGCGGCUGGCACAUCGACUUUUGAUGCGAUCGAUGCAAUACUUCACGACCUCAAUGUGGUAAUUAAUGAAGUUUGCGACUGCUCCACAACAAGUGAUGAAGAAGCGACAAAGUUCCAUGAAGGGCUGGGUUGGCCAAUGGUCAAGGUCUCGAACACGUACUGGAUUCUGUUUCUACGACUGAAAAAGUCUGGUGGCGAGGGCAAAAGAGUGCUGCGGCUUCUCAAAAAUGCCACAGAGAUUUUAUCGGCUCGCAGUAAUAUCGAGAAAGAGCUUGGGUCGCUUGGGAUGAAGCUGGGGAAACUGGGCGAGACGUAUGAGGCUGCUAGUCAUCACGGUCGCGCCAUUGAGACAUUCAAAGCCGCAAUCGCCACGAACAUUGAUACUGGAGCACUGAAUGAUGCUGCCACAGCUGGGAGGACCAGGUCACUGCAGGAUGUGUGGAACGAACCCGGAGUCUUGGGACAUCUAGGACAUUCCCUAAGAGCGUUGCAGAAGAUCACGGCCAGGCAUCUGGAACCUAUGUCGGCGGAAAGCCCGGUUUAUGAUGACGGGAGGCUCAUGCCUGAAGAACGAGGAAUGAUCUUGGAGUAUCAGCUCUCCCUCUACUUGGAGGCUUUAUCAAAGUCCAGAGCUGGAAACGAAGCUGCUGUAGCCGCUGUACGAGUACUUGCUGACCGACUCUUCGCGAUAUAUCCGGCGAACCAGUUUCCGCUGCGGAGGCAGAGAGUUGCCGUAGCUCUCCUCCGUAUUGUGACGGAUGAACCAAAUCUUCUGAGUUCGGAAGUACUCGGGAUAGCAACACAGAGCUGUGCUCUUGUUGGUAGAGCCCUUGAGGAAGACGCCGGAUUAUACGGUUACAAGGAGCAUCUACAAGCGACUGCGGCGGUCUGUCUCGCGUUCCGUGAUCCGCAACCAACCGUGGAGGCUUUCAAGUCCGCGCUGCGGACAUGGCAAAUCAUACUCGAUGCUGCUAAUACCUGGAGUGCUCUAACAACGGCCGUAGACGAUGUAGAUGCCUGGAAAUGGCAACUCCACACCAUAUCCGAGUACCUAGACGUGCAUGGGCUGCAUUUCCUGCACGUACCUGUACUGGAGAUGCUGGGGAAAGUACUGGAGCUUCAAGAACCGCCCAUGGCCUCAGAGCUAGUCGACGCUCGCUCUAGACUAGGCUUACAGUAUCUUCGCCUCGGUUACUCUGGCAAAGCCGGUCUUGCCCUCGCAAGAGCUCAGAAUCUACUCAUUGAUAAAGAAGUCUCCGUAGAGGCACGGUUACAGUGGCAUUUGGCUUACGCCGAGUAUCUUCUCCGAAUAGGUAACACAGAAAAGAGCAAGGAAACCUUGCAGACAGCUGAGAAGCUUGCGUCCCAAGAUGCGGAGAUCUAUCGAGCGACCCAAUCCUCGGCCUCACUGUCCAGCCGCAUCAGGUACAACAGGCUGCUAUCGGAUGCCUGCUACGUCCAAUCCCUCCUCAGCUUCGAAACUGGCGCGUACGAAACAUCUCUAGUCUGUGCAAGGCGAUGCCACAGGCUCAACCAGCGCGUCUGGGCGAGUCUUGAGAACUAUGCCUGUCGCCAGGCACUACCCUCAGCACACGGGGCCCCAGACUCGGAAGUCGACUCGCUGGUCGAUGGUAUGAGUAAGCUCAUGGCAUCUUCAACAUCGAGUGCGGCGCCUCCUGUCGUGUCUAUGACACACGAGUCGCUUUCAGGAGCACGAUUCUGGAGCCUCGUGCCUUCUCUGUUCCGCGGUCUGAUCCAUCUGACACGACUACUCUCGCACAUGGGAAUGCUUCAGGAAGCCGUGUGCUUUGCUGAGCAAGCGCAGCGUGUAGCCGUUGCUGCCCAUAGCGAUUCGCUGACCGUUCAAGCCAUGACUGCUACAGCGAAUCUUUGGCUCAGCAGCGGUAGGUUGGACAAGGGAUCCGAAUAUCUCGGCAAGGCAGCUGGUCUAAGCAAAACUAUCGAGAUGGGCCAGGUCGUGGUGAGCUACAAGCAGGCGAUGGCAUUGGCUCACCAGCUACUUGACGAGAAGGAGGAAGAGCUGACGGUCUACGGCGAAGCUGUUUCAAUCAUGCAGAGACUUAUCAAUCCACACUUUAUUCACGAUUUGGACCGGAUCAACUUUGGUGAGCCGGCUGAUAGCCUUGAAAAGCAGAUGGAAAAACUGAGCCUGACUGCUCCUGCGGAGCCACGGCGGAGAACAGUCAAGACAGCGAAACCCCCAGCAAGCAAGAAGUUCACCAUUAAGACUCCUGCGAGGACGGAUAGGAAAGAUGCGACAAAGCCGGUCCAAAGUAGCGUUCACAGUACAGCAGACGAAUGCCCCGAGUUACAGAGUCUGUACGGUGAGAUCGUUCGACGCAAAGCGACAGCAUUGCUUCUGGAGGACAAGCUCUCGGACGCCGCCGAGUUGAUUAUACAAGCAGGAGAUCUCUGCUAUGGUCAUGGAAGUUUGGUCCAGCAACAGCUCCUUGUCUUCCAUAGUGCAACUCAGCAUGGGUUCAAAGCAAUGGCCGCCGACUUUACAUACAACGUAUUACCCGAGUCCACCAUCUCCUUUCCGGCUGUGGCUCAAGCCUUACGAAAGCUCUCAGAGCCUGCAAGCAUUCGCCCUAUACACCUAACACCACCGAGGAAACGCGGGGGAAGAUCGCCUUCCCCGAGAAAGGGGGCGGCACGGGCUCGGAAGCCAGCAAAGAGCGAAGACUUUACUGCCCUUCUAUGCAAGGCCCGCGAAAGUCUCCUGGAAGUUCGGGCUGCAGCCAUCCAGGCUUGCUCCACAAGCGUUAUCAGGCAGGUUUGCGGCGCUCUCAGUAAUACGACGGUUCUGCUGUCGGCGACCGCUCCAGGUGUUUCAAAAGGGUCGAUGCACCCGCUAUUUGCUGCCCAUAUGUCUGAGCUUCCCAAGAUACACGCUUUGCAGCUGGAGCAGACCGUCACGUUUGCUGAUAAGGAGAAUACAUCCCGUGCAGCCCUGCUAAAGUGGCCGGCAUCCGAGCCGUCUGCUCUAGUGCCAACUGGAGCGACGUCAACCAACUUUCAACAAGACUACAUAGACAUCAUCCCAGCAAACUGGGCUGCAAUUUCAGUCUCGCUAUCAGAAGCCGGCAGUGAUCUCUAUGUCACGCGCUACCAAGCCAAUCAAACACCAUUUAUACUCCGCCUCCCUAUGGCUCGUCAAUCAUCGCAGCUUAUGGACGACGAAGAUGUCUUCGACUUCACAGCCGGCAAGGUUGAGCUGAAUGAGAUCAUUGAGCUCUCGGACUUUAGCACUCACCAUCAGCGCGACAUGAGUGUGAAGGGCGCCAAAACCGGAUGGUGGGCUGAGAGAGAAGCAUUGGACAACAGACUGAAGGAGCUGCUAGUCAACAUCGAAAACAUCUGGCUUGGCGGCUUCCGAGGCAUUUUUUCACAGCAUACGCGACGGCAGGAUCUGCUUGGCCGAUUCCAGAGGUCGUUCCAGAACAUAAUGAACAAGCAUCUCCCAUCCCGGAAAGGGAAUCGCGGGCAGCAAAAGAAGCUCAAUCUUGACUCUAGGGUACUGGAGCUCUUCGUUGGGCUGGGCGAUGCGUCGAACGAGGAUAUCGACCUCGAUGAACCAAUCAUGGAUCUGCUUUACUUCGUCGUAGAUAUCCUGCAAUUCAGCGGCGAGCGCAACGCCUACGACGAGAUCGACUUCGACUCCAUCGCCGUUGAAACAUUGGAGGCCCUUCGCGCAUAUCACUCCGCCGUCGCUGCGGACGCGGACACGUCUCAAACCCGCCAGCACACUAUACUGAUCCUCGACAAGAACCUCCACGCUUUCCCCUGGGAGUCCCUGCCCUGCUUACAAAACGACUCUAUCACCCGCCUUCCCUCAAUGGGCGCCCUCCGUGAGCGCAUCCUCACCGCCCGCACUCCAUCCUUCAGCUCCAGCUACACCAACAAACUCCUUUCAGCGGGUCAUCACAUCCCCUUCACCUCAGGCUCCUCGCACAAGCGCAUCGGCACCACGAUCCUCAACCCCAGCGGUGACCUCCAACACACGCAGUCGACGCUGGAGCCGCAUAUCCAGACUCUCACCUCCGACACCUGGACCCACAUCGCCGGUCGCGCCCCCACAGAACCAGAGCUCGAGACCGCGCUCCAGGACAGCAAGCUCGUGCUCUACUUCGGCCACGGCAGCGGCGCGCAGUACAUCCGCUCGCGCACGCGCCCGCCACCCGCCAAAACACCAACCUACCCCCCCACAACCCUCCUCUACGGCUGCGCCUCCGCCGCCCUGACCACCCACGGCGCCUACGAGCCCUCCGGCAUGCUUGCCGCCUAUGUCGCGGCCGGGGCCCCCGCCGUGCUAGGCAUGCUGUGGGACGUGACGGACCGGGACUGUGAUCGCUUCGCUGUGCGCGUUGGGGAGGUGUGGGGGCUGUGGCCCGGCGACGGUGGCAGUGAUGCGAAGAAGAAGGGAAGGCAGCGGCAGUGCGGUAGUGGAGAGGGAGAGGUGGGGGCAAGGAGGGAGCGGGUUAGUCUCGACGAGGCGGUUGUGAGGAGUAGGGAGGCUUGUUAUUUGAGGUACCUGAAUGGGGCGGCGGCGGUGGUGUAUGGGAUUCCGGUGUACCUGGAUUGA